AUGUGUACUGGGGGACAGCUUGCCGCUGGCAAGGCACAGCCAAGCGAAAGUGUGAUGGCUUCAGCGCUUCUGCAAUUGGUUGUUGAGGAUGACGUUCAUGUCAACUUUUCAACAAGCCAGACCAGGCUUUCGUGCCAAUGGGACAAGAUGGAGUCAUACUGGCAACUGAAGCAGAAGAGACUCUUAUUGAAGAGGUUGAAGGCCAAGUACUCGACCCCACCACGGCCGUGGAGCAGGAAAUUAACCUUGAAAAAUAGUCCAAGGGCUUGCCUCUGGCAAGCUGGCGAAGUACAGCCACCAUAG